UCCAGGUUUUUUGGUGCGCUCUUCUAAUCCUGGUCGGGACAGGUAUCGAACCCAGAACCGAAGCCAGGGAUUGACCACGAGGAGGCAGCGCCGAGCUGGCUGGGGUUGCGGAACCUGGAGUUAAAAACGGGUCGCCGGGUUCGGGAAGACCCCUCCGCCUCCUGAAACUUCGCGGACCGCUGGCAGGCAGGCAGGCAGGCAGGCAGGCAGGCGGGGGAGCUGGUUCGAGACUGCCCGAGAGCUAUUCCAGAGCAAGAAGCUCUUCGGACUUUCCCUCAGCGAGCGGAGCUCCGGCGUCUUUUGCGGACGGGAUCCAGGGACACCCGGAGCUAUUUUGGGGUCUGACCGCCGCCUCGCCUCGCCUGCCUUCCGGGAUCUGUUUCUGGGGCUGCUGUCCGGGACACCGAGGGCACGCUUUGGAGGCGUGGCAGGGCGCAAAGGCUGGAGUGCGGAGAGCUUGAGGGGGAAGCCCGCCUCGGCUCGUCGUGUCCAGCCGGAUCCUUUCCUUCGCCUCGGACUUUAAAACUAUCCGAGGCAAGCGCCCAACUUGGGGACGGCGGGAGAUGCGCCUCGCUAUGGGACGGGACGGAUCCUAACAGGCAAAGGAUGUUGACGGGGCAGCUUUGGAGGGCCAGCCCCACUUAGCCAGCCCUACAUUGGCCCUGCUGUCCUCUCCGUCGAACUAAAGGCCCGCUAUGACAGAGAUAAAGGCCAAGGGGGACACCAGGGCUCAUCCCUCCUCCUCCGACCCCCGAGACGGCUCGCUCCUGUUGCGCGUCCCCCGCCGCCAGGAUCUGGGCCCCUUCCGCAAGGAGACCGUCGAGGCGCUCGACUUAUCUCUGGACGGGCUCCUGUAUCCCAGAAGCAGCGAUGAGGAGGAGGAAAGAGAGGAGGAGGAAGAGGAAGGCGAGCCCAGGGAGUACCUCCCGGAGGAGGAGGACGCGAAGGGUGACUCCUCCUCGAUCCGGCCAAGCUGCGGCUCCCCAGCGGACAAGGAUGCCUUGGAGAGGGUCCUAGACACCUUCUUAGUCCCCUCGUCCACCCCGGGCAGCCCGCCGGCCGCCUGGUCUUUCUUCGGGUCGGAGAUCUCCGAGUUUCCCGGCGCGUCGAUGAACCGGCGGCCCCCCGACGACAAAGCGGGCGACGCGUCCGGCCCCACCGCCGCCGCCCUCCUGCCGCCGCCCCCCGAGGCUUCGCCCUGGAAGGCGCCCAAGGAUGCCGACGGGACCGUCUUCAGAAGCCGCCGAGCCAAGGACGCCGCGCCCGACGACGCCUCCAAGGGCGAGCCCGGCUUCACUGCUCCGGAGCCCGGCUUGGAAGCGGCGUCCAUUGCCAACCUGGCGCCGACAGGGCGCGCUCCGGGAGCCGUCUCGUCGUCGUCCGACCCCGGGGACUUCCUGGGGCCGCCUCCGCUGCCCCUCAACGCGGCUUUCCUCGCCGCCAGGACCCGGCAGCUGCUGGACGUGGAGGAGUACGAGCGGGGCGGCCCUUUCGGCGCCCUCCCGCAGCGCCUGGCCUCGCCCCCGGAGCUGGCCCACUUCCCCUGCUCGCCCAAGGAGCCCCACUACCUGUUCGCCGGCGGCGACUUCCAGCCGGGCCUCAAGAUCAAGGAGGAGGGCCUGGCGGGGCCCGCGGGCGCCCCCCCGGGCCAGCUCGGCAACGGCGGCGUCUAUCUGAGCGGCCAGACGUCGCCCCUGGCCAGAGCUCUGCCCGGGUUAGACUACGCGCCCCCCCAGGCCAAGUCCGGCGGCCCCCACGAGGCUUCCUCCUCCUCCUCUUCCUCGCUGGAGUCGGUGCUCUACAAAGCCGAGGUGGCCGCCGCCGCCGCCGCCGCCGCCUCCUCCUCCUACGGACCAGCGCCUUGUAAAGUGUCCCCCGGCUGCAUCGUGUCCAGGGACAGCCUCAGUUUGCCCUCCACCUCCAACACGGCGCCCCCGGCCUUGUACCAGCCGCUGGCCCUCCACGGGGGCCCCCCGCUGGUCUUGCCCCCGGCGGGCAUCAAGGACGGGUUCCCCCAGCUGUACCCGUCUUAUCUGAGCUAUAUAAGGUCCGAUGCAGAAGCUGGCCAGAGCCCACAGUACACCUUUGAAUCAUUGCCUCAGAAGAUAUGUCUCAUUUGUGGUGAUGAGGCUUCAGGAUGUCACUAUGGAGUCCUUACCUGUGGAAGCUGUAAAGUCUUCUUUAAGAGAGCAAUGGAAGGACAGCAUAACUAUUUAUGUGCCGGGAGGAAUGACUGUAUAGUUGAUAAAAUUCGACGAAAGAACUGUCCUGCAUGUCGUUUGAGGAAGUGUUGCCAAGCUGGCAUGGUACUUGGAGGUCGAAAGUUUAAGAAGUUUAAUAAGGUCAAAGUCCUGAGGACGUUAGAUGUUAUCGCACUCCAGCAACCAGCAGCCCAUCCGAACGACAGUCAAGCCCUCGCCCAGAGGCUCUCCUAUUCUCCAAACCAAGAGAUCCAGUAUAUUCCGCCGUUGGUCAGCAUCUUGCAAGGCAUCGAGCCAGAAGUGGUCUAUGCAGGCUAUGAUAAUACGCAGCCAGAAACACCAAGUGCUCUCCUGACUGGCCUCAAUCAACUAUGCGAGAGGCAGCUUCUUUGUGUCGUCAAGUGGUCCAAGUCAUUACCAGGAUUCCGGAAUUUACAUAUCGAUGACCAGAUAACCUUAAUCCAAUAUUCCUGGAUGAGCCUAAUGGUGUUUGCCAUGGGAUGGAGGUCUUAUAAGCAUGUUAGUGGUCAGAUGUUAUAUUUUGCGCCUGAUCUAAUACUAAAUGAACAGAGGAUGAAGGAAUCAUCAUUCUAUUCGCAGUGCCUGACCAUGUGGCAAGUCCCCCAGGAGUUUGUCAAACUUCAAGUUUCCCAGGAGGAGUUCCUCUGCAUGAAAGCAUUGCUUCUCCUUAGUACAAUUCCUUUGGAAGGCCUCCGAAGUCAAAACCAGUUUGAGGAAAUGAGAUCGAGCUACAUCAGAGAGCUGGUUAAAGCGAUUGGGUUGCGGCAGAAAGGAGUAGUAGCCAGUUCACAGCGCUUCUACCAGCUUACAAAACUCAUGGACUCCAUGCAUGAUCUUGUGAAACAACUCCAUCUCUAUUGUCUGAACACUUUUCUUCAGUCUCGGGCACUGAGCGUUGAAUUUCCGGAAAUGAUGUCAGAAGUGAUUGCUGCACAGUUGCCCAAGAUUCUCGCAGGAAUGGUGAAACCGCUCAUGUUUCACAAGAAGUGAAACAUCUUCCCCGCGCUCUCUGUCCCUCUCUCUCAUUUGUAGAGAUUUUUCAAAAUGCACAUUUUAAAAAUUAUUUGUGGGGUUUUUAACUUUUUAUUUUUCGGUCAAGAUUUUAUGGUGCCAAAAUAUUGCAAUCUCUUCUCCACUCUGCAACCUAACAGUUUAUGUCUGCAAAUGCUGCAGUGUCCAUAUGGCAAACUUUUUGAUUCCUUUGCAACUUUUUUUAAAACAAAGAAAUCACGACCAAUAUUUGUCAUAAGAAAUGUUUUGUAAUAGGCCUGAUUGAAUUUCUCCUGAGGGAUACACAAGAGAUGGUGUCCAGUUUUUUUAAAAGGAAGAAGUUACUUUGUAUAUUUUUCCUUCAUAUUAUUCAUUUUUUAAAAUUUCUGCAAUGGGAAUGGAGUAAAGCUUUAGCUUUUAAUACAUUAUUUUUGUGUGUGGCUAUAUGUGUAUAUGUAUAUAAAUAUCAAAGAAUAUGGUGAUAUUAAAAUUCAGAUGGUCUUCUAA